AUAUAUAAGCACAACAUCUUAACAUUCCUGAAUUACUUGGACCGAAGAAGGGACUCUGACCCCAGAAACACCUGUUACUGAAGAGCAAACGUCCAAAGACACAUUGCCCUGUAUCAGUCUCAGCAUGCUGCCCGCCGCCUUUACUCAGCCCGUGACUAAGUGCCUGAUUGGCUCGCGCUUGGGAACGGUCGCAUUGCUGCUGCUGCUAAUUCUGUCCGCUACUGAGACGUCUGCACACGGUACCACAGUCGAACACGACCUUCAUAUCGUCCACAACGUCGAUAACAGAAGUCCAGAGAUUGACCCAUUCUGGUAUGUGGGGCGUGGUGUAAGACCUAUCGGGCGGUUUGGGAAGAGACAGAGCGGAGGUGGUCUACAGCCAGUGGUCAAAUCUCUGGAGCUCUUGUUGAACACUCUCAGGAAUAAGGAGAGCUUGAGGAGUGCAUUGGCAGAUGAGGACUCAGACUGGUUACCGUGAGAUCUGCUACCUACAGCGACCUGCUGUCUGUAAUAUUUAAGUGUAUUAGUGUGUAUAAUUAAUCACAGUUUUCUCAUUCUUUCCCUGGCUGUGUGUCUCUCAAUAUUCAUUUUCAAUAAACUGACUGGCAAGUGAAAAUAUCUGUACAUAUUACAAAUGCAAUCUAUAUUAAUAAAUAAAUCAACAAAUGUAUGUAUGUUCUCCUGUUAUUAGUUGUUUAUUGUAAUGGAUUAUGCAAGCUACUGCUCCACAAUUAAAUUACAAUAAAAUU